GAGGGUGCAGCUGGAAUCUGAAUUUAUCUCCACCUCUGACGAUCAGAUGUGAGGUGAGCCUGUGAUUCGUUUCUGGAGGACACACCUUUUAGUUUUGCUUGAAUGAAAAACCCCCGACGCAUCCUUGUGAUCAGAACGUUUUAUCCUUUUGAGUCAUUAGGUGCAUGCAUGAAGGGGGAAGGGGUUGGAAUUGCUCUGCCCAGUCCCAGCCUCUGAAUAUUCGACUGCCUGCCUGUACAGAGAUUAUGUGGCACCUACAAGUGAUAUUACACGUGAUCUUAGCUAAAACACCAAGAAGCAAUACAAGAGUGUCGGUUCCCUAGAAGUCUUUGUAUGAUGUAUGAGUCAUGGUGCCCAUGCAAUUUAUACUGAGCACAGACCAUCAGAUGGGUAGGUGAGCAACAGGAGAAGGGACAUGGAUUGUGAUUUUCAUUCUAUCCUAUCUAGACUUAGGCGAGGAUUUUGGAGCAAACCUUUCUUGUCCAUAUCCUGGAUUUUAAAAAAAUGUUUCAUCAAUUCAUUGCUCCCCCCCAUUUUUUUUUACUGCUUCCAUCCACCACCCAGAUUUUGAUUGUGCAGAGAACUCAGGUGUAUGUUGUGAUAUCACAAUGCUGAAUGUUUAUGAAUCCAUUUGGAUGUGUUUUUUAUUGUGCUUUAAUGAUGGUAUCAGGUUGGUUAUACAUCUCACUUUCAAUACUCUUUGUGGCUAUAGUUUUGGGGUGGCCCCACUGUUUCAUUUCCAAUCAGUUCCUAUCUUAUAAGCUCGUGCUGAAAUUCCAUAACUUUUUAUACCACAAAAGUUCUGGUUUAUUUCCCCCCCCACAGAACCACACACUUUUAUUGUACUAUAACCCCUCUGAGCAGCAGUAAUGUGGCAAGAUCAGGGAAGCAUCACAGGACAAAGCAGAAUAAAUCUACCACUGUUGUACUAUUAUUGUGUCAAUAACAUGUUGCAGAAUACAUCCUCAAUAAAACACCUGUCUGGAGGGACCCCAUGUCUGUCUGGAAAAACUGGACCUGUAGAAACUCCCAACUUAAUGAACAUUAAAGCUCCUAACACCUUAUUUUCCUAUUGCAUUUGAUAGCUAAAAGGACCACAAAUGUUUCAUUCUUUCUCUCAUUUGUUGGUUGCCCCUGGAAACCCUCAAGGACAAAUAUUUGGAUGCUACUACAGUGCAAAGCAACUGAAAUCAUAACCCAUUGUGGCUGAUAACUCGCCGGUUCACAUGGCUUUGACUGGAGACUAGACAAAUUCAUGGUGCUUAGAUCUAUCAUUUGCUAUUAAUGGUUUGUUGUUGUUGUUUAGUUGUUUAGCGUGUCCAACUUUUUGUGACCCCAUGGACCAGAGCAUGCCAGGCACUCCUGUCUUCCACUGCCUCCUGCAGUUUGGUCAAGCUCCUGUUGGUAGCUUUGAGAACACUGUCCAACCAUCUCGUCCUCUGUCGUCCCCUUUUCCUUGUGCCCUCAAUCUUUCCCAACAUCAGGGCCUUUUCCAGGGAGUCUUCUCUUCUCAUGAGGUGGCCAAAGUAUUGGAGCCUCAGCUUCACAAUCCGUCCUUCCAGUGAGCACUCAGGGCUGAUUUCCUUAAGAAUGGAUAGGUUUCAUCUUCUUGCAGUCCAUGGGACUCUCAAGGGUCUCCUCCAGCACCAUUAAUUAAUAGUUUAGGGAUUAUCAAUGGCUUUUAAUCUAUUCACACUGAAAUGGAACAGGUUCUGGAGCUCCUCUUAAAAGGCAAUCCAUAUCUAUUGCAAGUCCCUUGGUUUAUUAACAAACUUGGACACAGUAGGCGGAUUGAGGUGGAUUUGUUCCAAGCAUUGAUGUUCUUUUUUGAUGUACCAUCUGUUGGUACAGCUGGAAACGCAGAAUGGUUUUUUUUCACCCUGAGAUGAUCUAACAGGUAUCCCUACAUUCCUUUCUGCUGCAGUAUGAAGAUGUGCUUGUUUGCUGGGUGGGGGAAUCAAUGGGGAAAAUGUGUUGCAGUGCCUACCCAAUGCUUACGCAUAAGUAUCAAACCACCUUAGCUGUAGGCAUUCAUUAAAAUGUCAGAUUGACAUCUCUCAGGGUUGAAUGACUCAGUAACUCAUUAACGUAGAUGGCUUUAUACAGCUUCAAAGGGGGAUCAGAGAAAUUUAUGGAGGAGUGGCCUAUCCAUGGUUGUUAGUCGUGGCAGCUAAAGAAGACCUCCAGGUUCAGAGAUAGUAUGGAGCCCAGAGAUGACCCAAGACAUUUUGCUACCUGAGGAAAAGAACAAGGUGAUACCCCCUUCCAAGGAUGGGGAACCCUUGUCAACCCAGAGGCCACAUUCCCUUCUUCCAAACAGUGAAAAUUCACCAGCAUUUUAGUUUGGAUUUAUUCUGCCCCCUCACCAUCUGCCAGCUAAAGCAGCCUCCUCAGAGUGCCCAACGGUAGGGUCAGCCUUGAUGGUGACCAUAGAAAGUUAUUGCUAGUUGAUGUAUGCAAUACAAAGCUAGAUGCAGGGAUGAGUAAUCAGACUGUUUCUGGUCCAUGCUACUUAUAAAUCAUUUCAGCACCAUUUCUAUAUUAAUCUGCAAUUGAAAUAAACUGACAAAAAUUUGCUUUGGAAGCUAGACAUAGGAGAGAAAUUAAAGGACCACCCAGACCCUACAAUCAUCAUCUGAGGCCCUUUCUCAUGUGCUGCCUCCAUGAGAGGUCCAGAGGGUAGCAACAUGAGAGAAGGCCUUUUCCACAGCUGCUCCCUGUUUGUGGCCAUCUAAGUUGGUGACCAUUUUUGCAUUAUUUGAGAGAGACUUUCAUACAUUGAACUAUGCACUGUGUGAAGAAGGACCUUUUCCCUGCCCCAAAUCUUCCAAAAUUCAGCAUCAUUGGAUUGCCCUGGUUUUAGUAUUAUGAGAUAGGGAAAAAUUGUUUCCCCAGCAUCAUGUAAUUUAAAUAUUUCCUUAAAGUGGGUGGAAAUAGGCACUUUUGAUAGCCUGAGCAUUUAUUUUUAAAACAUGAACUGUGGUUGGAAAUAGUUACAAUUUUGUAUUUUUGGAUACUGAGGGCAUGAAAAAACCAAACAUUCGAUCUCAUCUAGCCUAGCCUUAAGAGGAAGAGGUAUCUGUAGAAAAGAGACAUGCAGUAGCUUCCAGCCCUUGAAAUUUCACCCAGAAAGCAGAAUCUAUGAUGCUCUCCACUGACACUGAAACACCACUACUGUGCCUUAGUGGUUACAGAAAUUUCGAUCAGAGCAGCAAGUAUAGACUUCACUCACUGUCUUAGGCUUCAUUGGUGUCAAUACAUUUAUGCAAGCUGAAGAGCAGCCCUUGAUGGUAUGGAGAGGAGUCCGUCCUGUAAAGGAAGAAAUAUAAGGGUGUAUCCAGGUACUGGCAAACUCCUUCCCCUUCCUUCUGAUCAAAUGCUUUGAUGUCAAUCACACAUCUACAAGUGAAUUCUUCUAGAUAACAUAGGAUUAUACCAUAGAUAUUGCCAUCAUUGUACCAUUGUUUCAGAGGCAAAAACCUGGUAGUAGGGUUGCCAACAUUGAGUAUCCUCUGUUUCUCUGCCUUUAAGAAUCUCAUGGUCUGCAGGCAUUCAGCUGAUCAUAUACCUAUUUUUAUUUAAUUUUAUAUAUCACCUUGAGAUAUGUGUGGAAAGUGAUUGGUUAAUUAAUUAACCAAUCAUCAUUCUCAUAUCUGCGCAGUGAAACAUUUCGUCUAUAAAUUUCUGCAGAGCAGAGUGCUGCUAAGACAACAUGAGCGGAUAAGACUCGUUUUUUUAAUGAGUGGUUGGCAACCCUGAUUGGUAGGAUUGGCCUACUGUUAUCAGGAACUGCAUCACAGCAGCCCACCUUGUUACCACUCUUCUUUGCCCUAUAAAUUCUCCACCCUCUAGUCACUUGUCUUGGAAAACAUGGACAACAGGUUGCAUUUAAUGAGAGAGUGAACAAGAACAGUGUACACUGUGAAGUUGAUCAUUUUCACCACUCCCUAAGGUCCCACUCCUUUACUUAUUGCUCCACCCAGCAGUCUAGGUGCCACCCCCAGGUGCUUGGCUCUGCAUGGAUUCUUGAAUAUGGAUUUCUAUUGCAGGCUGGAGUUCCAAGAGAAUCUCAGCUCUGAGUCUCCCUCAUUCCCCCAACAUGCCCCAGAACAGAGCCAGAAACUCUGCCAGCCUGAGAGCUUGAGUUAAUUCACUCCUAUUAGAAGUCAUGGAAGAGAACCAAAGAUAAAAAUGAAAAACAAUCACCCCCCCAACCCAACACACAUUUCUUCUCCCCUGGCUUAAGAAAUGGUGAUGGCUCCACCAUGAGUCUCCACCUCCCUCCCACACUCUGUAGGAUUGCUUUGUAGAAUGCACUGGAUUACUCAAUAGCACUCCAUAAAAUCCAUUUCUACCUACCUGUGUGAUAAUUCUGGGAGCUUUGUCCAUUAAUUGCUGUAGAAGUUGGCUGUGGUUGCCUUGUGUUGAUGUGGAGAAAACCCAUUUAUAUGCUCCGAGAAAGGCUUCUUUCUUGGUUAUUUAUUUACAAUAGCACUGGGUAUACCACCAAUUAAUGCAAUAGGGCGUGGUGGCGUACAUGCAAUAAAAUAAAACACCAUAAAAACCAUAGGAAAUUAUUGUUAAAAAGACUGGUUUGGAAAAAAAAGUUAAACAGUCGCAUAGGCCUGUCUGCAUAAAAAGGUCUUCAAGAGACACUGGAAAAUCAAGAGCUAGGGCAGCUGCCACAUCUCUGUUAGAAGAGCAAGGGACCAGUGACACUAAAUGCCUGGCUUCUAGUGGAGGCCAGCUGGGCCUCUGUAACAUGGGGACAACUAGCAGUGCUCCUUCCGAUGAUCUGAGUAAUCAAGCUGCAAGGGCUUACGUGGUCCUGGGAUAUAUUACAGGAUCUGAGUCGUGAGUAACCAUAAUCACUUACCAAAAUAAACCAUCUGCUUGUAGCAUGACUCCCCUGAGUGCAGUCUGCACGGACGUCUCCAUUUCUCGCACCCUUUACCUGGGAGCUGAUAUGCACACUGGGAGCACUUGAUGCCAGCAACUAGGGGAAGAGGAACCAGGAAGUGAACUAUGAACUUUGAAAGAGAAUCAGCUGCUAAACUGACCUGGUCCCAGAGGACAAGAGGGCACUGUUCCUUUUCUACCUGCUUGCCUGUGGUGGGUGUUACUCCGUUACAUGUGGGUUGUAAAACAGGCUUAACAUACAAAAAUAAUCCGCUUGAAGGGAUGGGGUAGAGAUGCAGUUCAGUUUGCAUUUAAAGCCCCCAAAAUGGCAGUGGUGUGAGGCAGGCAGCAUGAGCAGGGGUUGGGGGGAGGUCUAGGGGGAAGGGAUGCAGUUUGGCCAAGACGUAAGGGGAAUUUGGCAAGGAUGGUGGGAAGGGUGGGGGGUUGGUGAGUGGUGAGGUUGCAGAAGUGGGAGUGGAAAGAGGGGUGGCCAAGCAAAGAGGUUGGGUGAGGUGCAAAGGGUAGGGGGUUGACAAGGGGGUAGGGCAGAGUGUGGAGUUAAGCAGGGUCAGUGAAUGAAGCAAAGAAGGUGCAGAGCCCCUAACAUACCUGAAAUUUCACUUUUCAUUGGUGAAAAUCCAGUCCGCACCUCUCCCUAUUUACUUCCAAAUUUGCAUCCAAUAAAAUCAACUGGUUUUGCCUCUAUCUUUGCCUCCAUGAAAAAGUCAAACUAAAUAAUAAAAAUUAAAUAAUUGACUAUACCAGGCCUUGGAACCAGAAAUGAACCCCGUCCUCACUUGAAUCACACAUCCACAAGAGAAGCUUCACAGUUGUGGCAUGGAAAUUUAAUACACAUUAGUCAUCUUUAAUGCUAUAACCAUUUGAAGGUAAUUCAGCAGUAACACAGAACUAUGUAGGGCUCUGGUAGCAACAAAAUGAUUACAUGAGCAGAAGAUGACCCAUUUUCUUGAUAUGCCAUUCUGAACAUGCUCCCUCAGCUGCAACUGGUGCAAAGCUUAUUCGAGCUCCUGUAACAACAUUGGAAUCAGGUAUACGCUGAUGGAGAAAUGCAGAGAACUGAAAUUAAUACUGGGGUGGGUAGUGGGUGGUGAAGAAAUGGAGAGAAACCAAAAUGGACAUGUUGGCCCAUCACAGACUUACCCAACUCAAUGGAUAGCAACACCCAGAACACGAUAUUCAGAAGCCUAUUCAUGCUGCCCCUUCUGCCUUCAUGUCAGCACUGCGUGUGAGGAGAGUACAACUUGAAUUUAUCUCCACCUCUGAGGAUCAGGUGUGAGGUGAGCCUGUGAUUGGUCCACAGAGGACAUACCUUUUAGUUUUGCUUGGAUGAAAAGCUACGAGCAUAUCAUUGUGAUCAGCUGAUGCAGAACAUCUAAUCCCUUUGAGUCAUUUGGCGCAUGCAUGAAGGGGGAAGGAAUUGAGGUUGCUCCUGCUCUGCUUAGUCCCAGCCUCUGCGCAUUCAACUGAUUGUCUGUACAGAGAUUAUGUGCCGCCUACAAGUGGUGUUGCACGUGAUCUUAGACAAAACACCAUAGAAUUCUUUGUAUGCUGUACGAGUCUUGUUGCCCAUGCAAUUUCUACUGUGCACAGGGCACUUAGAUAUAUUUGUUGGAUAUUCUUUCUGUGUGAGAGAGAAUCGUUUGUCCCAGAAACAGAGAAGAACAGAAAAGAAGUUUCAAGAGGCAGCAGAAGGCUGAGAUUGUUUUGUCUAUGCAAGGACAUUUUCUGUGGGAACUGUUCUUUGGACAUGUGGAGUGUGACAGGAAGUAAUGAUAACAAUGGUUCCGUGUAACUUGUUGUGAGUCUCUUGCUUGCACCUUGCCGUGAGAGAAGCAGAGAGAGAGAGUCUUGGACUCUUGUUGGACUCUAAGCAUGCCUUGACCAUGGCAGUGGUGAAUGUCUGUAUAUAGUUGCUACCAAUAUGCUUUUAUACCUGUCAAGUAACCUCCACACUUGACUGAAUCUUUAUGGUGUCCAUGAGUGUUUAUUGCCUACUGUGUGUAGCUUCAACCCCGAAGACGCUUCCAAGGAAGGAGCUGCGUUGAGAUGUAACUUUGCUGAGUAUAGCUACUGGCACACAUGGGCAGCGAAAGUGAUGCUGGACCCAAUCCUUCUAAAUCAUCCAUCGGAGGUUGAUGGAGUGAUCCAACACUAUUGGCAUUAUUUUCUUUUUUAAAAUAUUUUUUAUUAGUUUUCAGUUACAACAAUCCAAUAAAAGCCUCAUUAUAACAAUGGCGAAUUAUAAUACCAUUAAUAAUGCCAAUCAUUCAAAAGCCAAAUUAUACAAUUUACGUGGCCCCUCCGUGUGCUAGAAUGGAUGGUUUGAUGAUUUACUUUAUUUCUGCAUUCUUAUAAAUUUCCAUUUCACUUCAGUCAGAAUAACAAGCUCUUAUAUCCAACUGCAAUUUUAACGACUUCCAUUCGCAUUAACUCAUUAAUUUAUUUAUUGUCCUACAGGUGAAGCAUUCAAACUCUCUCUUUGUUCUUCUUGUGUGUGGCAAUUAUUCUGUCCAUGAUGUUUCUUCCUGUCCUUGUAAUAUAUUAUGUCUAUCUUUUGUCAGUUGUUGCUGUUAUCCAUAAUAGACAUUAUUUUCAGCUCUCCUACCCCACUUUCUCCUUCCCCCUUGAUGAUCAGGUCAGGUGAAGACACACACACACACACACACUUAUGCCUCUCCCUGCCUCUUUCUCUCUCUCAUGCACACAGACAGCAUGUACACUCUUCCAUCUUUCCCUCUCUUUUCAUGUGCAAGCAUUGAUAUUAUAUAGGGUGAAUUCUGCUUGCCCCUUAUUUGGGUGGGUGGCAUUGUGACCUGGUUCUGUUCCCCCAUCACAAUCUCCUCCACUACACCUCAACAAGCAGGACAACCAAGUAAACACACAGACCAAAAAUACAUACGGUACUUCUCUCUCUCUCUCUCUCUCUCUCUCUCUCUCACACACACACACACACACACACACACACCUCCAUUUCUCUCUUUUGCACACAUUCAAGAGACACCAUACUGUCCUUCCAGUUCAACACUUUUGACGUCCUCCUUUUCCCCAUCCUCCUUUUUUUUUUUGUCAAGAUAAAAGUUAGCCUGCAAAACAUAAGGCUGUGGGCUCUCACCUGGUGUGUAGGUAAACAGAGUGUUUUGGUCUUAGAUGGGGCUUUGAUCAGAAUCAAUAAGCAACUGUCUGUGUUGUUUGUUCUUGAACACAAGCUCAGAUCCUCCCAGGCCUGUCCUUUUGGUGACUCCCACAGAACAAAAGCAAUGAAGAUUAUACCAAAACUCACACUCUUUCAACCUCAUCCUCGGUGUUACACCGCGGAUGAAACUCACAUCCCCUUACUAUUUAUGUAUAUGACAACAGCAGCUAGGAUAUCAUAUGCACAGAAAUGGAAAGAAGAGAAGGUUCCAGUGAAGGAGGAGUGGCUUCUGAAAGCAAAGGACUAUGCAGAAAUGGCAUAGAUGGAGAGAUGUGAUGAACUGAACAUAAGGAGGGAAAAUGAGAAACUAAAAUUGACAGAUCCAUGAAAAGCAGACCACUGCCUCCACCAAGCACAAUUCGUUGCCAGCUAGUUCCAAAACACUGGCAGGUUUUGUGCCAAAAAAAUUAGUUGCACAAACCGUUCCUUUCAUUCUACAUCCUGAAUAUAGUUGUCGCUUCAGCUCCUUUCCACAAUGAUGAUUUUUUUUUGGAAAGAGAAAAUGCCUCUGUGUGAAACCACAUCACACAACAACUGCACAAAGGAGAAGUUCCCAAGGGCCCAUGGGUGUGUGUGUGUGUGUGUGUGUAAUGUCCAAUGCACCCAUGUUUCAAACAAUGUUCUUCAAGGAAAUCAGAAUUCUAUAUAUUGUAUACAACUCACUUCUACUCAGAGUAGACCCAUUGAAAUGAACAGACCUAAGUUUGUCAUGUUUCUUACUUCCAGGGGCUCUGAGUAGGACUAGUAUUGGACACAUCCGGUAAUAUUUUAAUAAUGUUAAAAACAAAGUCAAUGGACGGGAAAUUUAUGGAAGCUCGUCUCCGUCAUGGUUGUUCUGGAAAGAGAGGCAUGAUAGGCAAAGAAUGUCUGCACACCAGGCAUUUUCUAAUUAGGAUGUUUCUACUUUGGUACCCAAAGUGAUGCCCUCCAGAUGUUGCUGGAGUUCAGUCCCCAUCAGCUCCAGUCAGUAUAGUCAAUGGUUGGGGAUGAUGAGAGCUUGAACUUUUGAAGGGCACUGUGGUGGCUACUGUUUUUAGCUGCUAGUUUUGAAAGCUAGUGAUGGGUGGCCUGCCCCUUGGGUACCAAGUUGUAAGUAAGCCAAUAAAAGUUACUAGCCUGAAUCAAUCAACCACUAGGGGUCUAGAGGGGUGAAGAGUUGUGUUCCUCCUGGAGCAGCCCACUCAUUCACUUGCAUGGAACCCCAUGCACUCCCCUAAAAGCCAACUCUUCUCACCUACAUCUACUUAAAUGCACCAAUCCCAGCUCAUUACACUGUGCUGUUAACUGCACAGUUGCAGGGGUCAGUUGAAAAGUUGACAGCCCUUCACAAAAACAAGAGCCAUUUGUUUCAGAGACUAACCAUUCCUGUUGCCCCUCCUUUGAUCUUUAGAAAGGGAUUGUUGUACCUGUGUUAAUGUUUAAUGGAUCUUUGUACACUGCUCCAGGUCAGCCCUUCAUAAGCAUCCUGGCUAAAUAUCCAGAACAAACCUGGUGCGAGAGUUCCAAUUCACAGCAUGAACAAGCUUUUGUCAGUCGGGUUAUGGAUCCUGCUUGCCUUUUCAAUGGGUAGGUUUCUAAACAGGCACCACCAGCAACUUCAGAGUCCUUAGCUGACCAUAUUCUUUAUGCUUGUACGUAUGCUUGUCUGGAAGGUAUGAUUCCUGUUUUUAACUGAUGGGGUUGUUUUGGGUUGAGCUGCUCAACAUACAACUUGCUGGAGACUGGAAAGCAGAGGUGAGUAGUUCUAAUAUAUGCAAGGAACUGAGCUCAUCCUGGACCCACAAGCCAGCUUUAGUUUUUGCUGAUCACCCCAUAGAAAGGAACUAUCUACUUUGUGAAAGCACACCAAGAGCAUAGCAGUUUCCAGAGGGCGUGCUAUGUUAGCCUGUUGCAACAAAAACAGACUUGUGGCACCUUAAUGACAUGUUGACUUAUUUUGGCAUCAGGUUCUGCAGAACUGUGUCCACUCAAUUGGAUGGAUGGAAAAUUAUUAUCUGCACAGGAGGAAAAGAAUGUUAGCAAUAAGGUCAGAGGGAAAUUUUAAAAAAUGCAGUUCAGUAUAAUUGUAUUAAAGUCUCAGUUUAAUCAAAGGUGGGUUGCAGCAGCACUUCCACCAUAAAAUAUAUAUUGGAUAGAAUAUUGGUCCCCAAAUGCAUGUUUGCAUUCAAGGUUGGUCAUGGGAGGUGCUAUUUUUCUAGAAAAAGAGGUUCUGGAGCUCACCAUUAACUUCUCCCUUGUUUUCUGAGAAGUGCUGGAGCUGAGCUCUGACUGGAAAAAAAUAUAUCUGGUCCUGGGCAAGAAAAGGUCAAAAACUGCUUAGAAAGGUGAUACUAUGCUUGAUCAGCCAAUGGACCUAUUUCCUAUAAGGCAGCUUACUGGACUCCUAUCAAACUAAAUGAGGAAUUGUUGGGCUUUGCUGGAUUAGGGGACCCCAGAGUUGGGCAACCUGUGGCCCUCCAGAUGUUGUUGGACUCCCGUCAGUCUCAGCCAGCAGGGCCAGUGAUCAUGCAUGAUGGGAGUUUGAGAUCAGCAGCAUCUUAAGGGCUGCAGGGUCUCAAUUCCUGGGGUAGAAAGCUUCUGUUGGACAAGGCACUGAUCCUAACAUUUUUUUAUAUCAAAGACUAAAAUCAAAGUGACUGGGACAGUAGACCUGCUUCAGGAGAGUUAACUGUCCAAGCUGCCCCUCAAGCUGCAGAGCCUUUGGCCCACUGGCCCACCCGCCCACCAAGUAUUCCAGUUUGCCAUGCAAGACCAUUUUUGUGAAAACCACACCCAUCUGUCUGUCAGGUGGUGUCACUCCAUUGGGCGAGGGUUGAUGGGGGUAGUCAAUUCUUGCAGAAAGCAGGACUGAAAGUAGGAGAUUUAGGUGUAGUAGGUUCCACGGUGCCACUGCUGUCUAACUUUGAGGUUGUCCAUCCACUGCACUCUCUGUCCACUCACCUGUAAAUCUCCUGGUGUCAUGAUGACAUGGGUGGUCCCACCACCUGUAAAAGUUGGCCCAUGGAGGUGGUGUUGGAGAUAAAGAACUGACCCACCAAGCCAAAAAACCUCCCCUCCCUUUGCUUUAAGAGCUGCAGGCAAUGAAGAAAUCAGCAACUGUUCAAAGCAUGUCUGCACAUCAUGACCACUGUUGAUUACAGUUUCAUUUGUCAACUGAUGGGUCAUCAGGCAAACAUAUGCCAUGCUGUUUCCCAACUCUGUAUUUAUCUACCCUCCUCUCCAGUCAACAGCCUCAAAUGCUACACCUGUUUGUUUGAACUUAAGAAUGGCACCUGUCCUUCACCAAAGCCUCCCUGUAUAGCACAAUCUAGGGAGUCCUGCUUCCGGCAGAAGCUUUUUACAGGUAAGGUGUGUGAUUCUUGGUCCUAAUGGGGCUUGCUUUGGGACUCUGUGUAUCUAUUUAUUUGUACUGUCCAGAAAGGAAUUCUUAAAAAGAUAGUGAAUAAAUGUGCCCCUUGCUCAAUACCAAGGAUGGGGAAUCUGUUGUCCUCCAGACAUUGUUGGACUCCAACUCCCAUCACUCCCAGCCAGCAUGGCCAGUGCUCAGGCAUGAUGGGAGAUGUAGUCCAGAAGCAUCUGGGCAGCCACAGGUUCCCAUUCCUGCUGCAGAGACUGGAGUGGGCCAGCAUUUUUUUAGUCAUGCCCACAACAACAGGUCUUCUUCUUUCAACAUCCACUGCUGCCCACAGUUGCCAUGAGAACGUAAGAAGAUCCUUCUGAAUCAGGCCACUGGCUCAUCUCGCUUGGCCAACCAGAUGCCUGUAGGAAACCCACAAGCAGGACCUCAGCAGAAGAGCACCCUGCCCUCCAUGGUUUCCAAGAAUUGACAUUCAGAACCAUGGUUGUCUCCAACCUUGGCAAAGCCAUCAUGGAUAGUAGCCAGUGUCAGCCUUCUCUUCCACGAAUUUGUCCAGUUCUCUGUUAAAGCCAUCCAAGUUGGUGACCAUCACUGCCUCCUGUGGGACAUUGUUCCACAGUUCACCUAUGCGCUGUGUGGAGAAGUGCAUUCUUUUAUCUGUCCUGUAUCUUCCAGCUUCAUUAGAUGUCCAUGAAGUCUAAUGUAAUGAGAGAGGGAGACAAGAGGCUGCCAUGGUGAGACAGGUGGGAUGGUAGGUGAGGCCUGGGCAAGGGCACAAAGCUCUCCGAGGCGGACUGACCAAUGGAGGGAUAAUAAUAAUAAUAAUAAUAAUAAAAAUAAAUUUUAUUUAUAUCCCGCCCUCCCCAGCCGAAGCCGGGCUCAGAGCGGCUAACAACAAUAAAAUAGUACAACAUUCUAAAAUAAUUUCCUUAUAAAAUUAAUUCAAAUCAAAUUGAUGGCAACCAUUGGGCUAGAGUUCUGUGAAGAUUGCCAAGGAGGGGGUCAGACUGUGCCCUGGCCAAAGGCCUGGUGGAACAGCUCUGUCUUGCAGGCCCUGCGGAAAGAUGUCAAGUCCCUCAGCGCCCUAGUCUCUUGUGACAGAGCAUUCCACCAGAUCAGAGCCACAGCCAAAAAAGCCCUGGCUCUAGUUGAGGCCAGCCUAACCUCUCUGAGGCCUGGGACCUUCAGGAUGUUUUUGUUUGAAGAUCGUAAGUUCCUCUGUGGGACAUACCAGGAGAGGCGGUCCCGUAGGUACGAGGGUCCUAGGCCGUAUAGGGCUUUAAAGGAUGGAGGCCAGUGGGUGUGCAGGUGAGCGAAUAAGUGCCAAUCUGGCACCUGGAGGCCCCCGUCAGCCAGGCAGCCAAGCCACUUGCUUGUGUGUCUGGCUAGGCAGUGCUGUGCUCCUGUGGGUGCACAUGCAGCCACCCCACCUCUCCCAGCCAACUUUGUUCUCUGAGCCUGGAGAGCCAGAGGGAAAGAAAUUGACCCCCCCCCCCAGGUUCAGGGGCAGUCCACCUCUGAAUUUUGAGGGUGCUGAAUUUUGUCAUUUACCAUAGGUGGCAAAAUGUAUUAGUCUGGUCCUGUCCCAGAUUUUCAGUUGGACAUAUAAGCAGGCAACUAAUAGGAACUAGAUAGGAAGUCUGCCUUCUUACAGGGGGCUCACUGAUUUUUCUCUUCCUUUCCAGAAUCUGUUCUCCUUUAUACUACAGCAGGCUGUGCCUAUGACUGCAGGGAUGUAAAUGGAGGAAGGCACAUUCAUCACGUCAACAAAUGCUGCACUACAGAAAUGUGCAACUCUCCCUAGGCUUGGGAUAUGUAUGAAUGGGCUCCAUGCAUCUUCUGCCAGAUUUGAAGCAAAAGAUUCUUUAUUGAUUUCAUGCUAUUGUCAUCUGUUUUUCCUGGAAACCUCUCUUAUUUGAAAUACCUUGGAAAAAAAAUCAACCUUUAAUUACCAGAAGUGAAGAAAUUGUUGCUCUAAAAUUUAAAUGAACUAGGGCAGUGAUGGUGGAAAUUCCUGGACAAAAUUCUCUCCAUUCAAAGCCAAUAGCAACAUUUUCAUUUAGGGUUGAAAAACAUUGGAGUUUAACUGAUGGAUCUAUUGAAACCUUACUCAAUUGGCUGAAAAAUAAUAUCUGAAUAAUUUGGAAUUCUUUUCUUUGUAAAAAAGUUAAUUAGUUUUAAUGGAUUGUAUUCAACUAUUAAGGAACAGAAUUUGUGCUCUGUCAAUGGAGCUUUCCUUCUCACAUUACAACCCCAAAACUAUUUUAAAUAAAAACUCUUAUUAAAUCAAACAAAAUGUUACAAAAAAGUUGUGAAUUUGCCCAAACUCCCCACCAGGUUAGAAAGUAAAAAUGCAAGAGUGGGGGCUGAAGGGGAAGGGAAGGCUAGGAUUAUGCAAGCCACCUUUGUCUGCUUCUGCUAAAAGUCUUAAAAUGGAGUGUGGGAUCAGACAACAAUGUAGACAGAACGACACUAGAUGGACCAAUGGUCUGACUCUGUGUGAGGCAGCUUCCUCUCACAGUGGCUUUAAUGAGAUGAAUCAUGGUAUUUAUAAACAGUUGCAUAUUUCGCAUAGACAGAGCCAGUCCUUCAGUUUGGUCCUUUGCAUCGACCACUAAUAAACCCUUCAAUGGGUUUUAAGGUUUUCAUGCAGGCUGGUCAUGUAUUUCAAUGGAAAAGUGGAAGGCUUUAAAAACAGACAAAUAAAUAUCAAAUCAGCA